GCGACCGCGCGCAUCAACGCCGCAGCCGCACGCGCACACGCAGCAUCCCCGCGGGAUCACGCAGCUGGCGGAGCCUCUGCUCCCCUUGGAUUUUACCGCGUCGUCUCCGCAGACCGGAGCCGGUGGAGCCGGUGCAGCCGGCGGAGCAGGAAGGUCAGGCGCGGAGCAGCGAGCCCCCCCGGACCCCCGGACCCCCGGACAGCGCACCGGGACCCCGCCCGGUGAGCGGCCGCACAGCUGCGGGGCGCCGCCGAGCCGCAUGCAGAGGUACCCAGAAGGAAGCUGAGAGGAAAACCAUGCCAGGAUGAAUGAAUGAACGGAGAAGUGAACCAGAGGAGGAACGGAACAGCUCCAACCUGGAAGAACAGACGGAAAAUACAAAGGCAAGACGUGGAGGGAAACGUCUAGAGCUCCAGGAAGGCGGGAGAACCGACUUCUGGACGUUUUUUUUAUUGACAAGGACUGAAAAACCUUGAGGCGGUGGUGGACAGAAUCUGGGAAAGAUCCAGAAGAGGACUCCAGAGACACUGUCUGAGGGAGGGAAGAAACAUCUGGAUGGUCUCCUCAACCGCGGCCAGCAGGUUUCCUCCCCUCCCAAGAUGGCCUCCAACUUCAACGAUAUCGUCAAGCAGGGCUACGUACGCAUGCGCAGCCGCAAGCUGGGGAUCUACCGGCGCUGCUGGCUCGUUUUCAAGAAGUCGUCCAGCAAAGGACCUCGCCGUCUGGAGAAAUACCCCGAUGAGAAGGCCGCCUACAUUAGAGUCUGUCCCAAAGUGACAGAGAUCAGCAACGUCAAGAACAUCACCAGGUUGCCGCGGGACACCAAACGACAGGCGGUGGCCAUUGUGUUCACGGAUGACACCUCACGCACCUUCACCUGUGAAUCGGAGCUGGAGGCAGAGGACUGGUUUAAGACUCUGUCGAUCGAGUGUCUGGGGACGCGGCUCAAUGACAUCAGUAUGGGCGAACCCGACCUGCUGGCUGCUGGAGUGCAGUGUGAACACACAGAGCGCUUCAACGUCUUCCUGCUGCCCUGUCCCAACCUGGACAUCUACGGCGAGUGCAUGAUGCAGAUCACCCACGAGAACAUCUACCUGUGGGACAUCCACAACCCCCGCACCAAGCUGGUCACCUGGCCGCUCUGCUCGCUGCGGCGCUACGGCCGCGACGCCACCAGGUUCACCUUCGAGGCCGGACGGAUGUGUGACAGCGGCGAGGGCCUCUACACCUUCCAGACCAGAGAGGGGGAGCAGAUCUACCAGAGGGUUCACUCCUCCACUCUGGCCAUCGCCGAGCAGCACAAGAAGGUCCUGCUGGAGAUGGAGAAAAACAGCAGGUUACUGUCCAAGGGUUCAGAGUCUGGCUCCUACCCGUGCACACCGACUGCCAUCCUGCCGCGCUCUGCCUACUGGCACCACAUCACUGGAAACCAGAACGGCAUGGAGCCGGGCAGCGGCGACCCGGCAGAGGACGAGCUGCUGUCCACCCGCCUGCCUCCCAGCCGCCACGCCACGCUGCCGCUGGCGCUGGCCAACGCACACACACAGUCCCAACCGCACAUACACACCAGCUCCCCAACACACUACCCCACCUACCCCGGGCAGUGACACACGCCCAAGACUUUAACAAGGAAGCCCACACACACACACACACACACACACAUGCAUGCAGGCACACGCACACACACAUACACACACUCCUUGGAUGAGCUGAACAGACCAACAUUACACCUCACAGGACGAGCGUUCGGAGCAGCAGACACCGGCCGCCUCGCCGCUCCAGUGCAGAAAGCGAGCUUCCUUGAUGCUCCUCCCCCGCGGCAGACUGAAGCCGACUGAAGCUGAGAAGCCUGGAGGCCUGAAGGAAAGCUCCCAGUAUGCUUUAAACCACCGAGGUUGUCUCAGAAGAAGCGGUGAAGAGCCAUAAAGAUUGUAGGAACGCUUCACACGUACUCAUUUCAUUCCCCGGUUUCCCUGUAGAAGUUUCUAAACGGCCAAACUAGAUCCAACUUUACGAGAGCAGCAUCUUGCUUUGUUAGCCACACUCGUCAGUCACCCAGCGGUUCCUGUAGAUUUUAUCUGAAAAGUUCAAAAGAGGUUGGAAGACAGUCUAUGAAUGUGAACAUUGAAUUUUUUGAUGACUGAUUAAUGUCUAAUUAUAGUCUAGACUUCUUAAUGAAAUUUCAUGAAAAAAACUUAAGUCAACAUUAUGAAUGUCCAUAAAAAAAAAAAGAAAGAAAUCAAAGUCAUAUAUUACAAGGAACAUUUUCAGCCCCACCUUUACUGUGGCCCUUCCAGACACUUCCAGUGUGUUUGAUGACAAGCUGGAGUUGUUUAAAGCAUAAACAGGCCUUUAGCAGCAGAUCUUUGUUGUAACGUCGCUACCUGCCUCGAUCUGGUAGUUUUUUUUUAGUAGGUUAUUAAUGAAAUGCCAAUCUUUUUGAUCAAAUUUCCACAGGUUUUUUUGUAUGAUGAGUGUACAGUAGGGCGCCCCCCGGUGGAUGGGACGUUGCAGUCUGCCGCGGCUGAGCACCGGUGGACUGCGCGAUCACUGGAGUCACGGCUGGAAUUGGCAGUUUGGAAGGCGUCCGGCGUGCCAGCUCCAGACACACACGUACUGACAACUGUUUCACCGUUCGUCCACGUCUGGACCGACGCCUUUGACUUGGAUGGAAACUGUUUGGUCCGGGACUGAGGAGUGCAACUGUGAUUGCAUUUGAGUUUUUUCUGUGAAGCGGCUCCUGCACUGAAGCGGGUGUUUGCAGUCAGAGCCUCAGACUUUCUCUGGGAUGUAUCCGAUUACACUUCCAAGUAUCCACAUGCUUGUAUUGACCUGUAUUUGCACAAAUCUGUUAUUUUCCUAUUAUUUAUGGGUCAGAAGGGAAACAGGAGCUGUUUAGGGUUCAUGGAUCUAUACUGAUGAUGCAGCCACAUCCAGCCUGCCAAUCACUGAUAUUUCACAUCUUCACAUUUAUUUUGAUUUUAUUUGUCAUUUCCAAUUUUCUCCAUAACUUGAGUCCAAAUUCCUGGAGAAGAAUUGAAAAGUGUGUUUGAAUACCGACAUGCACUCAUUUAGUAAAGAGGGUUUAAACUGUGGGUGAGGGGUGUUUUCCCCCCGAAAGGUUUCCUGAUAAAGCCUACCACUUCCUAAAAAAAACAUCACGUCGGGUGCUCAGGAGGUUUUUUCUGUUUCUGUUGUGAUCACAGAGCUACAUGAUGGAUGUGUGUGGAAAACAGCUGAACACACUUCCAGGAGAGCAGACUAUGAUACAUUACAGGAACAAACCCAGUCGGGCCGUCUUGCUGAGGAUGGAGCGAAUCAGUUUGGAGCCUGAGAUCUAUUCGGUCAAACAAUGCAGUUCAUAUGCAAGAAUAACAUGAUCAUGAUCACCGCUGAGUGGAAUAAAGUCCACAUGUAGUUCUGAUUUUAAGCGAGUCCAAAAUUCAAGCUGCACCGGUUCCUCAAAUCUACAUAUAUCAACAGUUUAUUUGUGUCCGUAAUUACUGCAGUGGAUCCGUCGGUAGAAUUCAAGAUACAGUAUUGCAAGGAACUAGAAUCAGUGAAGUUUGGCCCUCUGAACCGUCUCCAUCAUCCUGAAAGGCGUCCUGACCUUCACUCAUGUGGUUUGAAUUCAUCAAAUCCGUCCUUCAGUGUGUCGCUCUGGUACGGGAGACUCUGUCGCCCCUCUGCUAUCAGAUUCCUCCACUCCCGUCCCGACCGCCCUGCUCCUGCCGCCUGGCCUUGGGAAUUACCCCCAAACUGCUGUCGUGGUUUUUUAUUGCUGUCAAAGGAGAAGGACGAGUCAGAGGACCGUUUUCAGUCUCUCAUCUGGACAUGUUGCCUUUUGCUGCAUUACUGCCUUUGCCUUCGGUUCCACUUCGACAGAGCGUCCGGUUCAGGAAGUGCUUUAGCGUCGGGAGGAGGGACGAGCUGUCGCACCACUAGAGGCUGGCUUGUGCUUUUCCUCCUGCUGUGGACUCAGUGGGAGGUUUGAUUUCCUCGUGAAGGUUUAAGACUGUUUAUGUAAAACUUUGGAAACGCCGCCACCACUUUCACCCCCUCCCCUUCACCUCGCAUCCGGAUUGUGCGAUUUAAUGCUGGAAUCUUUCUCUACUUUAUGGUUUUUGCCUCAUUCCAACAUGACAGGGCUAAACGUUUUCUUGGUUGUUUACAUGCUGUAAGUGUUGUUGUGUGAUUCCGUACCGACAGACUGUAUAAUCUGAGUUUGGGGGCUUUUCCCCCUCUUGAGAGUCUUGUACAUAUUGCUAUUUAUUUUGCGUGCGUGCGUGUGUGUGUGUGUUUGUGUGUGUGUGAGUGAGUAUUCACGAGCCACGUUUCUUUGCACCUUGUGGUGUGGAGCCAGCGGAUGGUAGCCAGUCCACUUUGUCAGUGUGGACACUUCACGUGUAUUGCAGACCCUUCGUCCCAGCACCGGACCCCACAAACAUUCGUCUUUUCUGGCCCUGGAUCCAUCACUGACAGCUUCUCUGCCACUCUGCUGUUACUUUCGUUCUUUCUUUCUUUUGUGGCAGGAGGGAAUUGUUCAGAGGAAUGUUUCAUACAGCCGGAUGGGAACAAGCCAAGCUGAUUGUAAAAUGACUGAGUGUCACUGAGCUCAACAAACUGAACCAGAGUGAAGUUCAAACCAACUCAGAGCUGCAGUUCUUCAUCAAUGGCAGAAGAUGUUUUCCCAGCAUGGCUUAUUCUUCGUAUUUUUACUAAGACAUUUCGAUGAAAAGGGAAUUCAAAAGUCAGAUUGAAGAUGUGAAUGUAAUGCAGGCAAAUUGAAAAUGGAGAAUAAAUUCCAUUACUAAGCCACAGAGGUGACAGGUUCUCCCUCAGGCUCCAGCAGUCGGUUUCAGUCAUAACAGUGAUUAUACAUUUUAUUACAAUAAUCACACAGAAUUUGACGUUCGGCAAACAAUACUGCUGAAUGUGAAGCCGCUGUGCCACUUGUCAAUUAAUCAGUUUUACUACUGAUGCCACACUUUAAUUUGACUUUAAAUAGUUAUUUGCUUUUUUUUGUCUCGUCAUUGAAAUGGAUUAAAUGUAGAAGAUGUGCAAGAAAAAAAACACAGUGAGAAGCUGUUCUGGUCAAUGAUAGACAGAUAUGAGUGGUUGCAUUUUGUAGACGCUAAAUGUAAACUGGUUCAUAAUAAAAACAACCAGAAAUAUAACAACAGAAAAGGCAUCAGAGGAGGAACUUCAAAUUCAGAUGUUGAAAUUUUUAUUUUCAAAUAAAGCUAAUAGGAAUGAAGCCUUUCACUUCAUCUAAAUACUCCAAUAGAAUAAAUCAAAUGUUUCAGAUAAACACAUUUUUAACAUUAAUCUUUUUUUUUUUUUAACAAAAACAAUCAUUUUUGCAUUACAAAUGAUGAACAUAAUUCUUGAUCAGUGGUUUUCACUUCGUGGAUCCAGCAUUUAUAUAAUAUAACACAACAAACCUGUAAAGUUUGGAGGAAGAUGUUCUUGCAAUAUUGAUUCUAAACUUUUAUUACAUUAUUGGCUCCGUUCCAUUUAAAAUGUUCCAAACUAUCUGCAGUUAUUAUAACGGACCCUCGAUGACGCCUUGCUUGAGACACGCAGCCCCUCUGAGGUUGUUUGUACUUAUUCACCUAAGGUCAAAAGAAUUGUACAAACUGCAAAGAUGAGCUGAUAACAGUGCUGAAUGAAAGUGUUAAAAAUGUAACCAUCACCCUGCUAGCUGCCUCCAUCAGUUUCUGGAUCAACAUUUGGAACCACGAAUAACUGUUGACUCAGCCGGACAGGACAAAGCGAAGGAAUGAGAUCCUGCAGGUCCUGGUUUCUUCUGCUGAGUGAGCUCGGCUUUUCCCGGUGCCUCUCCUGUAUGAAACACUCCUCCGGCCUCAUGAGCCAAGCGCUGAAAGAUUUCCCUCCAGCUGUGUGUGCGUCGACGCUCGUAGUGUUUGGACAGUGAGCGAGUCCUCUCUCACCAGUGGCGAUGACCUCUGAACUUUUAAACGAAUGACCUGACGGCGCGGCCCUCCAGUUACACUGUCUUCACUAAGUGCAUGUUUUGGAGAA